UUCCUUAUGAUUGGAAUCAUAACCGUUUUGAUAACGUUUGUUUUCGUUGUGUGGACAAUGAUGUUCAUUCACUUGAACAUAAGCACGGAUGUAUUUACUUCAAUUUAUCUUCUACUCAUAUACACGUAUUCGUUCAUCGUCAACUCUAUUAAUAUAUUCGAAUUCUUCAUAUUUGCGAAAUGCUCACAAAUGAAAUUUAAAUUGGUCAACCAACUCUUGCGCGAAAGCUUAACAGAUUUAUCCAAGAAAGAUAAGAAAUUAGGCAUCUUUGAAAUGAAAGAUUAUGAGAGGAUCAUGGAUGCCGAGCAACAAAAGCAAGUUCUUUCCACAAAGAUGAUAUUCCGAAGGCGUCAGCGGGUGCAGACCGGAAUUAAUUUUUCUAUGAAGCAAAAUUCGGUCGUAUUUCCAACUGAAUCUCAAAGUCCAUCUCAUGUCACAAAUCAUUUUCAAAGCGUACUCCAAAAUCAAUCUCGAAGACACAAUUCCACAAUAACAAAAUAUCAAAAACCUAAACAUCUUUUACAAGUAAUCAAGUGAGUACAGGCCAUAGGCCUAGUUUACACCGUGCGACCUGAUUGCGACCUGACCUAUGCCUUGACCUAAAAUAGGCUUCUAAACAAAACGUUUACACCAUGUAGACCUAUG